GAAGCAGGACGGAUACCGGGACUCAGCUACCGGGGCUGACUCAUACCUGCAGAGAAAGAGAGAUAGAUUUCGCUCACUUUAAAAUGUUUUGUUGUCAUCCGGAAAUAUUCAUCAGGAUGCCGUGGGAUUCUGGUCAUCAGUGCAAACGGACAGUAGAGAAAUAAAGCUGUUUUUGUAGACGGAACAUGGCGGAGGCGGUCAACGCUUCUCCGACUGACGGGAGCGACUCGUUUCCCAGCGAGGAAUACGAGUGCAAAAUAUGCUACAACUACUUCGACUUGGAUCAACACACUCCCAAGCUGCUGGCCUGUUCCCACACCUUCUGCCAGGAGUGUCUCGACGCUCUGCACUCCCGGGACGGCCGAAGAUGGAGAGUGAGUUGCCCUGUGUGUCGCCACCGAACUCCGGUGCCGGAAUAUCGGAUUCACAACCUCCCCGACAACACCGCAGUGACCGAAGCGCUGCCGCUCACAAAGCACGAGUGUGUGAAUUCAGUAAACACAGACGACCACACGGGUCCACCCGUCUCUUUAGCAACCUCCCAGGAGAGCAGCGACAGCUGUCAGACUUGCAAACAAGUUGCGUUUACGACAGGCUGUGUGUGCGCCAUCUUCUCUUUCCUGUCCAUGGUGGUGCUGUUAUUUCUGGGCCUCAUCUUUGUACAUAACUUCAAUAACCCUACGUCACCAGUCGGCCCUGUCUGCUUGUUUGCCGCCAGUGUCCUCGCCCUCUUCUCUCUCAUUCUCACUUGGUUAAUAUGCAUGUUGAAGUACCGACCUGAAACUGAAGCGAGCAACUUCAGUUCCCUCAACUCUAAUAUAAUGUGA